AUGGACGCUUAUAUGUAUGAGAACGAGCCAUGGCCGGCCACUUCCAGAAGGGCGUCGAUUAUUGUUCCCCAAGUGGUGCAGGAUCAGGGCAGUUCAAGUGUCUCACAAGACACCACAGUUUCAACUGGAAUUACUCAAGAGCCUGCUCGCAAUCAAGAAACUGACGUUAAGAACGAUCUAUAUUCUUUGAUAAAAGAAAGCCAAAGAUCUCGAAGCGAUCCUGCGUAUUCGACGAGCGUCGAGUAUGACCUGCCCGGGCUCAAUAAUAUGUCACAGUGGGCCAAAGUCAUGCAAGGCCUCACGUCCGACGAAGCCAUCCUGUCGUCUCGCUUUGUCGAACUCUGUAGACUGCGCUCUAUUGAGUCAGAGCUCAAUGAGGGAGACACGCUUGUCUUCAUCGACUACCCGGAUAUUAAACGCCGCCACUCAGAACAAACAGACUGCUAUGGCAUAAGCUACUCAUCUCAGAAAUUUCGUGUGCACUCGAAAAAGCUGCUCGCAACUGGAUCCGCCAAAUUCGCCGAGAUGCUGAAUCCGACGUACCAGUUCCGCGUCCAAAGACGGAGGAAGCUGACAAAAAACCUCCCUGACGGUGUCAAGUAUGUCCUCGAUUUGACACCGCCGUCUGAAGGAGAUGAUCUUGUAUUCCAAAUGACUCAGCUGUCGCUCACGCCUGGCAUCAUUAAAUGGUGGGCCGCCAACGACCUUCACAAAGUUACCAGCUGGCUGGUUACCGGACACGAUGACAUAUGUACAUGCGGCCAGCGACCGAUUCCAGGAUGGGGUGUCCCAAAGGAAGAGAAAAAAGGAAAAAUGCAGGUUCAGCAUGAAUUCGAAGAGCCAACAUCACACGACAGCAGUAACAACAAUUCCUACAACGACAGCGGCAACGACAACACAAACGUUAAAAUAAUCCCGCCAAGCCCUCAUGAUCUGCUUUCCAAAAUGAUUCAUGGGAUCAACCGACCGUAUGAGACGCCAAGCUACCGCAACAUCCCGGACUAUUGCCCCAUACGCCACCGCAAUAAUAUUAUUCGUCUUCUCAUGAUGAUUGAGGGACACGAUGUCAUGCUAGAUUCGGCAAACCGCGUCUGGACACUUGUUGGUCUGGCAAAGAUAUUCGACUGCCCAUCCGUUGUGAGAGACCCCGUCACCCAGUGGAUUAUAUACAAUGAAAACACAAGAUUCAUCGAAGUCCUGCCAGAAGAGGCGUUGCAGAUAGGAUUUACUCUAGAGCUCGCACAGGUCACCCAAUGCGCUUUUCGAAUCCUUGUCAAUGAGUUGGCCAUCAAGGAGGCCAGUACCAGUUCCAUACGCGACCUGAGCCGGGUCACUAUCUUUGGAAGAAGGCUCGGGGACUUGGAUGACGAGCUGAAAAACAUCGUUCAGCACGCUGCCCGAGCACUUGUCGAAAGGGUGUCAUUGAUUCCCAAUGCGUUUACGAGCGAGUUUAGCCUUGACUGCUGGAUGAUUGAAGAAUGGGUCAACCUCCGGAAAAUGGAAGGCGUUCUCGCUCAAGAAACUUCUGCAAGCAGCGUGGUGGCGUUGGAAUCUCUCCGUGUUUUGAUGACGGGAAUCCAGAAUAGCGUCAAAAACUCGUUUGAGAGACUUACAGUAGGUGAUGAGAACUCACAAACCUCAUUCAUCUCCAUGGAUGAAGAUCGAGCGUCCUAUGUGCUACCCGAGGAUUUCGAGCUUCUCCAGGACAUCGAACAAAGUAUGAAUUUGACUCAGAGGCUCCUUUGCCCCUUCAUCUAUAGGCAACUAGGCGACAUUUGGAACACUAGUUUCAACGAAUCCCAGUGGCUGGCUGAGACAGCUUCAGGCUUAUCUGGACCACUCAUGGCUCGAGCACGAAAUGCUAUUGAGCAGGUAUUUUAUACAAGUCCAUCCAAGGCGAGUAUACCAAGCUGGUGGGUAUUUCUGAACCCUGUAGGAGAACCUCUCACCGUAAAGGAUCCGCUGGUCAACCUGUCUGCGCUCAACAGGCAGAUUCACGCUGCCACUUUGCCGUAUAGCAGCUCAUGGGUGCGAUUUGACAUUGAGCCGCCCCUCAACUUCACCCGUCAUAUGCUCCUCACUCUCGAUAACAACGAGAUGAAAUUCUUGCCCCUCUGGGCUGGCGGCUGUAAUGAUGGCACUGGAGGCGUCUUCGAGGCUGAACUUCCUCCUGCUAGCUGGGGCCCUAAUGGCCCUGGACCUGCGUACCACACCGGAAAUACAAUCGCAUCUGCAUCGAGCGUCUCCGGCUCGUUGGCUAAUGACUUCUCUACGAUGAAGUUCAGGGGCAGCACCGUAGUUGGUUCAUUAGACGCCCAAGACAGCAUAUCGACGGUGUACGGCCCUGGCCACGUCAUUGCCGACGAUGUCUCGAUUGCAUCUGAAUCCUUCGACGCGGAUGGACCCGAGAAUUAUUACCAAGAAGCCAGGUAUUUGGUCCCGGCAGACCACCAGGAUACCGGCCGAGCAGUAGAUAUGAUGGUCGAAUCUCUACACUCAGACGCAGACACGGCGUCGGUUGUGACGGAUAGCGCGGCAACUGUCAGCAAUAAUGAUAGCAGCGGCGAUGAGGGUGUAAUGAAUAUCGAUGAUCCGGUGACGCAGGUGAUUGCCCAGAGCGAUGAGAGUGAUGAUAAUGAGAGCAAUGCUAGCACGCUGGAAGCGUGGGAAGACAUCAUAUAA